UAGGUUGGAGUUGUGUUGGGCUGAAUGCGUUCUCAUCACUGCAAGUCAAGGCACAUUGCGCAAACCACCGCCUGGAGGUGAAGACGCAGCAGCAGCGCAGCAGCAGCGCAGCAGCAGCAACUCACAGCGCACAGCCCAGCCAUCCAUCCAGCCAGCCAGCCUGCCUGCCUGCCUGCCUGCCAGCCAGCCAGCCAGCCAGCCAGCCUGUGGAGGGACAAGAAGCGUCUCAAAGGCGUCGUCAGAUGAAUGCACGGACACUUGGACCUCGCUGCUACGUCUGCAACCACUGUGCGUUUGGCCGCUUCGGUUCAGUGCGCGCUGCAAGAGCGCAAAAGCGAGCCGGUGCGAGCGAGCGAGCCAGCCAGCCAUCCAGCCAGAGCCGGAGCCGGAGCGAGCGAGCCAGCCAGAGCCGAAGCUGGAGCGAGCGAGCCAGCCAGAGCCGGAGCGAGCUCUCGUGUGGACUAUCUAGCACACGAUGUGGAAUCUCUGAGGUGGCAGUAACCUUACUCCUGCGAGCACGUGAAAGCACCCUGCAAAAGCGUCGCCCAUGAGCAGGCAGGCAUCCUUUGGAGUGUGAUUCUGUUUUCGCCCAGAUUUCUGCUGCCUGGACAAAUGCAUACAAAUGCAUUUAGGAGCUCAACGGACAAGGAGUGGACACGUUUCCGCGGCAGCAACGUGGAACUUUCUCCUGCUCCUGUCAGCAUGCUUUGCAGCAUUCUCUGGAGAAGAAGACUACCUAGCUCAAAGAGUGGAUAUCCUCGAUCAACUCGGGCUCACGGCUCCGAGAACAACAGACAAUCCGUACGAAAGAAGUGCCAAAGCUUCAAGCGCAUAUCCCAAUGUUCCCUGGGCACCUCCAAAUGUCCCGUUUGCUGGACGGGACGGGGUAGCCCUAGACUCAAAUUCUCUUUAUGAGGCUCCCGCGAGCAGUCUUUUUCCUCCACAAUUUGGUGAGGAGUUUUCUGUUGUGCUAAGUGUGAGCUCCUGGCGAGCAAACAAUGCUUUGAUUUUCAGUUUCAGAGACGGCAGGGACAGACUGCGUUUUGCCAUUCGGCUCCUGCCGCGCGCAGUGCUCGUCUACACGGCAGAGGAGACUGCCGUCCGCUUUGCCUACAAUUGGCACGACGGGCAGCGGCGCUCUUUUGCUAUCGCCGUUCGAGCGCGCUCGGUGUCUUUCUAUUCCCGUUGCGGAGCGCUGCGCCAACGACAGCGAACCCCGGGCAGGUCUCGGACGCUUGGCAAUUGCGGUGGCCCCUUGGCUUUGGGGAGGACCGAGCCCAAAGCGGCGCCGUUCAAUGGGCGGAUCUGCCAACUGGAUGUGUAUCCUGCGGCCCGAGCCGCCGCACGCUAUUGCGACUACCUUCGAAAACAGUGCCGGCCGGCCGACACGUACCGAUCGCCUCGGCCACGUCGCGCUUUGGCUCUCCGGGCAAAAGAUAGCUCCAUGUCUAAUCCCGUCACAAGGUCCUCUCUGGGAACAGCGGAUCCUCCUCAAAUGCUGAUCAAUUCCAACCAAACCUCUGACACUGUGCUCCAACUUGAUUCGACCUCAAGCCCUGCAGCAGAAUCAAAUCUGGAAGAGCAGAGGCACAUUUCUGGAUUUAAGGACCCCACUAUAUCAGCGGUGCAGACAAAUUCAGCGAGUGACGCUGGGAGCACCGCAAGCUCCAGGCCUCAAGAGGCUCUGCGACACCUGCCAAUGACUAUUGGAACUACUUUACUUUAUCAUGAAAUGAAUGGAGACUCCUCGGAGCUGGAUGGCAGUUAUGACGAUAGGGACGGCUACGAUGAUGGCUAUGAAGAGGCAGACCUCCUGUACGACUUGGAUGAAGAUGCCUUACGUGGGCCCAAAGGAGAGGCGGGUCUUCCGGGUCCUCCCGGUCCCCCUGGUUUACCUGGUCCUCAAGGUGCAAGAGGCUCUCGGGGUCCCAACGGUCCUGCCGGAAAACCUGGACCAGCUGGACCACCUGGACCCAAGGGUGCAAAAGGAGACCCGGGGCUGUCUCCGGGUCAAGCUGCACCAGGAGAAAAGGGUGACAAAGGUCCGCCCGGACUGCUCGGUUCUGAUGGUUUUCCAGGUUUGCAGGGUCCGAAAGGUUAUCCAGGACCACCUGGGCUGCCAGGAGAGCGAGGCGUACCGGGACUUCCCGGGGAAGUGGGCUCUGCAGGUUACCCUGGCAGGCAGGGCGCCGCUGGCCCAGAAGGUAACCCGGGGCCCAAGGGGGUUGCUGGUUUUAUUGGACCUCCUGGUAUAGCUGGACCACCAGGACUGGAGGGGGAGAGAGGCAUAUCUGGCCCUCCUGGAAAACCUGGUCCCAAAGGAAGACAAGGUGUGCUGGGUGAUGUCGGUGAACGGGGAGCGACUGGUCCUGAUGGCAGUGAGGGGCCUGUUGGUGGGACUGGUAUUACUGGCUUUCCGGGCCUCGGGGGUGACCCGGGCCCCGAAGGUCCUCGAGGAUUGCCCGGUGUCGUCGGGCCAAAGGGACCAGCCGGACGAGCUGGCCUGCCUGGAUUGAAAGGUGAUAAGGGUGAAGUGGGACAACAGGGUGAACCAGGAGAGAUGGGUUUCCAAGGUGAUAAGGGCGUUCCUGGUGCAUCUGGUUCUCCUGGGCCAAGAGGAAAACCUGGACCACCGGGUAAAAUUGGAGAUAUUGGACCACAAGGCUCACCAGGGCCUCCAGGCCCAGAGGGUUUUCCAGGAGAUAUCGGAGUGCCUGGGCCAAAUGGGCCACCCGGACCAAAGGGUUUGCAAGGUGCUCAAGGUGUCCAAGGCCCGAUGGGACCACAAGGAACGCAAGGUGACGAAGGACCACUUGGCCUAUCCGGCAAUCCCGGUCCAAUUGGGCGACCUGGAAGGAAAGGCCACCUCGGUGAACCUGGACUAGAUGGUCUGCCGGGAGAGAAAGGGGACAGUGGAAAUGUUGGAAAAAUCGGAGCACAAGGUCUUGUAGGCCUCGUAGGAAUGGCCGGCGCGAUGGGAAAUCCCGGUGAAAAGGGUGACCGUGGUCCAACAGGUCCAACAGGUCCAGCAGGAGAGAAAGGGCCACGAGGAUAUCCAGGGUUGCCCGGGGGUCCCGGGGACAUCGGCAUGCAAGGUACACCUGGUCCACAGGGGCAGAGAGGAAGUCCCGGCAGUGGCGGUACAAAGGGCCGUAGGGGGCCUCGAGGUCCUGAUGGCCCAAUGGGAGAAGCAGGCCCCGAGGGCGCCAAGGGGGAAAUUGGUGAUAUUGGCUUAAAAGGAGAACCAGGAUUUCUAGGCAAAGUUGGCAUUCCAGGAGAGAGAGGACACCCUGGCAAGCCUGGUAAAGCGGGUAUUCCAGGAAGUAGCGGGGAGCGGGGACCCCAGGGUGCGCCUGGAUCCAGAGGACCUCUUGGAGAGGCAGGACCGGAUGGAGAGCAAGGGCCUGAUGGUGGGCCUGGUGUCGAAGGGGAACCGGGUGCCGUAGGAGAGCCAGGCUUAAAGGGUGAUAGCGGGCCUCCGGGAGCUGAAGGAGAGCUGGGCCAGGAUGGUAUUACAGGCCCCCCUGGUCCGCCUGGUGAAGAUGGCCCUCAAGGGAAUGAUGGACCCAAGGGUGAUCCUGGUGAGUGUGGACAAGGAGGAGAACCCGGGGACAAAGGGAUGGAAGGAGACCCUGGACCUGCUGGGCCACCUGGACAACCAGGGAAACAGGGCUUUCGCGGGCCAGAAGGAAAGCCGGGGUCCCCGGGAAAUAGGGGACGAAGUGGAAAGAAGGGUGAGAAAGGUCCUCCUGGUCUUGGCGGUGAACCCGGAGACCGCGGCGACAUUGGCCCAGCGGGCGAGGCGGCGCCAAAAGGUGCCAGAGGAACUCGAGGGCCUCCUGGUCGGCCUGGCAUCAUGGGAAUGGAUGGGCAACCGGGAUUGGCAGGAUACACGGGUCAUCCUGGUAAGCAGGGGCCUAUUGGACCCCCGGGGCCUAAAGGUGAAAAGGGUUAUCCAGGCGAGGACAAUAAGACCCCAGGACCAUCAGGGCCCUUAGGUGAACCAGGGACACCAGGAGAGAGGGGAGAUCGUGGGGAACCAGGAGAUGAAGGAUAUCAGGGACAUACUGGUACCGCUGGACCUCGUGGGGCUGUAGGACCACCGGGCUUACCUGGAUCAGCAGGUAUGCCGGGGAAGCCAGGUCGGAAAGGAGAGAUGGGCGCUCCGGGCUCAGCGGGGAAGAAAGGUGCAACGGGUUUGAAUGGAGCCCCCGGAGUUGAAGGGCCAAUUGGUUUACCGGGACCCAAAGGCGUGAAGGGUUACCCUGGACUUGAUGGUCCUUCUGGACUCACUGGUUUACCAGGAUUAGCAGGAAAACAAGGAAGACAGGGCCAGCGAGGCUUAGUGGGACCAACCGGUCCUCCUGGACGUCCAGGACCUCGAGGGAGCAUUGGACUCCCAGGACCACCUGGAGAACCCGGACCGCCGGGUCAAAAGGGAGAGAUUGGCCUGCCAGGAGAUCGGGGAGUGUCAGGGCUCAGAGGGCUGCAGGGGGCUACAGGUGACCAGGGAAUGAAGGGUGAGACAGGAUCCAAAGGGCAACCAGGGGAACCAGGUCGUCCGGGGCUGCUUGGUUUGCAGGGCUUUCCAGGUCCAAAGGGUCCAAAUGGUGAUGUGGGAUUGAAAGGUUUCCAUGGUCCCAAGGGCCCGACGGGUACACUGGGAUUCACUGGGCCAGUGGGGCCUGAGGGAAAGAUGGGCCCAAUGGGAAAACCUGGGCCACGAGGUCCAAGAGGAAGCGGGGGUGAAAUGGGGCCCCAAGGACCACAUGGAAGUCCAGGACCCAGAGGCCCCCCUGGAGCUCCAGGACCUACAAGGCAACUAGUUGAUGACUACAGCCUGUCCGACUCUAAAGCCGCCCUCGGAAACCAAGAGAGUUUUCAAAACUCACAAGUGGGCCUACCAGACCAGAAUGCAGAGAUUUUUAAGACUUUGCAUUACCUGAGUGGCGUUAUUGAGAGCAUCAAAAAGCCAGUGGGAACCAACGAGAACCCCACUCGUGUCUGUAAGGACCUGCUGGACUGUCAUCCAAAGCUAAAAGAUGGCUGGUUCUGGAUUGAUCCCAAUCUUGGCUGCAAUUCAGAUGCUUUCCAGGUCUUUUGCAACUUCACCGCAGGGGGUCAGACCUGUUUACAUCCACUGGCCUCUAAUAAGAUGGCGUUUGGUGUAGGAAAUGUCCAAAUGAAGUUUCUCCAUUUACUGAGUAGCGAGGCCAGCCAGAGCAUGGUACUGCAUUGCCUGACCGCCUCACUCAACAACAGCGCAGACGCAGGCUUCGGCUCUCCCGCCCCCCCGAAGCAAAAAGAGAGCGGUCGUCUUCGCUUCCGAGGCUGGAACAAGCAAAUAUUUGAGAGCGACACACUACUUGAAACCGUUUGUGGCAAAGAUGAGUGCAAGAUCCAAGAUGGCAGCUGGCAUGAGUCCCAUUUCUUCUUCUAUACUCAGGAGAGCCACCAACUACCGAUUGUAGAGCUCGAGGAAAGUCCCACACCACGUGGCAAUGUUAAGCGACAUAUUGAAGUUGGCCCCGUCUGCUUUCUUUGACCCUCUGCCCAAUUCCCAUCAUACUCAUUGAUUUGAUGAGCAAAAAAAAGAGAAGUUUAAAGGGCAAUCUUUUCUGGAGAUUGCCAAUAUCUGACCAAUGAGAGAUUUUCCAGAUCAUUUGUACGGAGCAGCCAUGUCAACCAAUCGGAUUAGCUGUAUUUAUGGAAGAUACCCUCGUGAGGAUAAAGCAAUUCAGAUCACGUUUGCUCGUUUAAUCAAUCGGUCGGUGCUCAGGUUGGCUGUACUGUACAUAUUGGCUGGCCCCAGAUCCCA